UUUCCAGGCAAAUCACAGCAACCCAACGAGCUGAGGAGGAUUGGCCCUAAAUUUUGAUGGAACUUGCGCAGCCACGAUCUGCUCAUCCCUCCAUGUCACUUUGCGCAAUGGGAGGCAAGAGGCCAUGGGCAGUCAGCUGCUGGCUGUGAUUUUGCUUCUCCAACUGUUCCGAACAGGAAGCAGAGCUGUUGAUCAAAAGGCUGAUGAAAAUGCGGGGAGCUGCUGGUCGAUCGGAUUCACCCACGAGACCUGUUGUGGUUCGGAGCACGGGCCGGAGGGGAACACGGAAUGUUGGGAUGACGUGUACACCUUCGAGUCCUGCUGCCUUGGUCGGGAUCUUAAGGAGGCAGGCUGCGACAGCGGGUUCUUCACUCGCUUCCGGGGACUGGUCUGGGAAUACUACAAGGAGGGCCGGUCAAAGCCGGCGCUGAUCCAGCAGUGGCCGAGGAUUUUGGCGAACUACGACGCGCGGUUCCUGCUCUGCGCGCCCGCAGCCCUGCAGGCGCACUUGCUCCAAAUCGAGGAGCGCGGCUUCCUGGAGCGGCCGGAGAGCGUCAUGGAGCAGCUGCUGAGCUACACCCAGAACCUGCAGCAGGCGACCGGCGCCGCCGCGCCCGGGCGGCUCGACCUGAAGAGUUGGCCUCUGGAACUCGGCCUGGAGCGGCUGCGCCAGAACGUGAGGAUCAAAGCGCGGCAGAUGAGGUUCCGAAACUUCCCGGACGUGACGCUGGUUUUGAGCUAUUGCCGGGAGGAGCUGUCCUGGAUGAACGCCUCCUUCAGCCGCCGAGUGAUGCCUUUGGUGGACGUGGUGGUGGUCGCCAAAUGUGUAGACGUGGACGGCGUGGCGGCCGUGCCGUUUCGCCACUUGUGGCGCUCCGUGGAGCAGUUGGACGUGGAGGACUUGCCGCUGCGGGCGGACGAGUGCUCUGCGUACCUGGGCUACCUGCACCACAACUACUACAAGCUCCCGCGGCAUAUGGUCUUCGUCCAUGCAGACAUGCCAGAGCAUAUUGGGGCAGGCCGGCCGAACAUUGUAGAUGACACCUUGCGAGCGCUGUCGCGCGGCGCGAGCGUGCCCUUUGCACAUCUCGGGAACAACCGCGUGACCAUGAGAUGGAAUCCGCAUUUGAUGACCCCUUUGUGGAAGGGACUGUUUGGAAGCACCAUCGCCCCGGCUCCGGGCGAGGUGAGCACAUACUGCUGCUCGCAUAUGGUGGUGUCUAGGGAGAGGGCGCUCGUCCGCAGCCGGCGCUUCUACCAAACUGCACUGGAGCUGGUGACCUCGCCAGCAAGCUACUUCUACCUGCCAGCUAAGUGGCGCCCCGCGCAGCAGAGCAAGGCUGCUGACUUUGACAUGAAGGGCAGACUGGUGUGCCAGAACAUGAUGUUCUUGUGGCACGUGAUCUUUGGGGCGCCCCUGCACUUGCCUCACAGGAUGUACGACCCAUCUCUUCCACUCUUCCUGAAGACGCGCAAUAUUCGGACAGUGUACUUGGAGGAUGACAGCUUGUGA